CGCACGCCCAAUAGUCGCUGGUCGCCGAUCGUACGUCGUAUAGUUGUUAGCAAAAGCUCCAUUACUUGCUUUCGCCAACUAUCGAUCGCCCCGUGGUGGCUAUAUCCUGUUCUAUUUUCUAAGAGGACAACGAACAAUCCAUAAUACAAAAUGCGUGAGUGCAUCUCAAUCCACGUUGGACAAGCUGGUGUACAGAUUGGUAAUGCUUGCUGGGAGCUGUACUGCCUGGAACAUGGCAUUCAGCCGGACGGUCAGAUGCCGUCUGACAAGACUAUUGGAGGUGGAGACGACAGUUUCAACACCUUCUUCAGCGAGACUGGUGCCGGCAAGCAUGUACCCAGAGCUGUCUUUAUUGAUUUGGAACCUACUGUAGUCGAUGAGGUUCGCACUGGAACUUACCGUCAGCUCUUCCAUCCGGAACAACUGAUCACUGGCAAGGAGGAUGCUGCAAAUAACUACGCUCGCGGUCAUUACACGAUUGGCAAGGAGAUCGUUGAUCUCGUGCUGGACCGCAUUCGCAAGCUCGCAGACCAAUGUACCGGCCUGCAAGGAUUCCUUAUCUUUCACUCAUUCGGCGGUGGCACCGGUUCAGGUUUCACAUCUCUGUUGAUGGAGCGUUUGUCUGUUGACUAUGGCAAGAAGUCGAAACUCGAAUUCGCUAUUUAUCCCGCACCACAAGUUUCCACUGCCGUGGUCGAGCCGUACAACUCUAUCUUGACAACGCACACUACUCUUGAGCAUUCCGACUGCGCAUUUAUGGUUGAUAAUGAGGCGAUCUACGACAUUUGUCGUCGCAAUUUGGAUAUCGAGAGACCAACUUACACGAAUCUUAAUCGCCUGAUCGGCCAGAUUGUAUCGUCCAUCACAGCCUCUCUGCGGUUCGAUGGUGCCCUGAACGUCGAUCUAACGGAAUUCCAGACCAACUUGGUGCCCUAUCCGAGAAUCCACUUCCCGCUGGUGACGUACGCGCCCGUUAUUUCGGCCGAGAAGGCUUAUCAUGAGCAACUCUCCGUUUCGGAGAUCACAAACGCCUGCUUCGAACCAGCUAAUCAGAUGGUCAAGUGUGACCCGCGUCACGGCAAGUAUAUGGCCUGCUGUAUGUUGUAUCGUGGCGACGUCGUACCCAAGGAUGUCAACGCGGCAAUCGCUACCAUCAAGACGAAGCGCACCAUUCAAUUUGUCGACUGGUGCCCCACCGGUUUCAAAGUCGGCAUCAACUAUCAGCCACCGACCGUCGUACCCGGUGGCGAUCUCGCCAAAGUUCAGCGUGCCGUCUGCAUGUUGUCGAACACCACUGCCAUCGCGGAGGCCUGGGCCCGUUUAGAUCACAAGUUCGAUCUUAUGUAUGCCAAGCGUGCAUUCGUGCACUGGUACGUUGGCGAGGGUAUGGAGGAAGGAGAAUUCUCUGAGGCACGUGAGGAUCUCGCCGCACUCGAGAAAGAUUAUGAGGAGGUUGGAAUGGAUUCCGCAGAAGGCGAGGGCGAAGAGGGCGCCGAGGAGUAUUAAAAUGCAAUCAUUGCUCGCCCUUUUAUCUCCUGAUUUUAAAAUAUCUUAUGUGUUUUGAAAUAAAGUAACUGAAUCCAUUUGCCACGCAAA